AUGGGAGAUUCCAGUAGUCUCUUUACUUUCUGGGAACCUUGUCUUUGGGCUCCUCCACUUAAUAUGCAAAUGUAUAGCCCACCCUCUCCUCUGCAGACUCCUUUCCCUACUUCCCUUCCCACAUUCACUACCAUUCACACACUUCUUCUCUCUUUAAUCGUCAUUAUUUCAUUUCUUUCUUAUUCUCUCUCUCUUUUUAUUUAUUUUUGUCUUUGUUCAGGUCUGUCUUUUAAUUUAUCUUUCCUUUCCACAGGUAUAUCUUCACUUCUGUUUAUAACACUGUCACUUUCUUUACUCCUUCUUAUCAAAGAUGUCACUAUCCAUCUGUCUAUAAAACCUGUCACCGUUAUAAUUCUUAUUUUGAUUUCUCUCCUUUUGAAUCUUUGUCAUUCUGUCAUCCCCACAUCCCCAGAUAAAACACUGUUAAACAUUUUCUAUUUUUUUCUUAUUUUCAUUUCUCUCUUUUUCACAUUUUUAAUUUCUCUUUUUCGCAAUUGUUAUUUCUCUCCUUUUUGCCCUUGUCUUUUGUCCCUCACUUUUUACAGUCACCAUUUAUCUCUAUUUUUUGUAAUUUUCAUUUCUCUCUUUUUCAUAAUUUUAAUUACUCUUUUUAGCAAUUGUCAUUUCUCUCUUAUUUGCAGUUGUAAUUGUACUCUUUUUUGCAAUUGUCUUUUGUCUCCACAUUCAUUAUUUCUCUCUCUUUUUUAUAAUUUAAAUUUCAGUCUUGUUUUUGUCAAUCAAUUUUACUGUCAUCAUUUCUCUCUCUUUUUUAUAAUUUUCAUUUCUCUCUCUUUUUUAUAA